GUGGGCGCAGGACUUCUUCGACGUCGAAGUGAAGGCCGACCCUCGCGGCACCUGGUACAUCGCCACCGCCGAGGGGGCCGUCGGCGCAGUGAUGGCUUGCCAGUCGAAACACGCCAUCCGCGAUGUCGUGCUCGUUCAGGCUGGGCCCCCAAAGGUGGCGGCGUCGUGUGCUGGGGCCGUCUUUGAGUUCUGGAGCGCUUCGGGAGAUUUGUGGAUUUCGGCGCCUGGUCUGAUGGGGGCCUUGAAACUCCCAGGGGGUAUGGGCAGCGGUCUGGGGUGGGACACGUGGAUCAGCAGCAUGGAUGCGACCGGGGCCAAGUACGGCCUCGGCGAGUGG